AUGGCCCGUGCAGUAGAGCCCGCCGCUUAUAAUGCCACGGAAGCUGAGAAGCUAAGUGCGCUCUGGGUCGUCGUCACUACAGCGGUAGAACAGCUCAAUUGCUUGUCGUCAGAGUUACCGAGAUUGCGGUUAUGGCUGGAUAAAGUAUCGAGUGAAGUGUGCUCUCUGCGUUCGCGUCUAGAGUCCUUUGAGGAGGACUUGGUGGAGUCAUUCUGCGACGUGCACGAGCGCAUCGAUUUGCUGCACUCGCGUUCUGCUGCCUAUAAUGAUCCCGAUGAUCUGGGGCCCCAGACUACAGAUAUUAGCUUGGACACUAUGGAUUAA